UGGAGUAGACGCUUGCUUGUAAAUUGGAGAUCAUAUGCCCUGUGUUAAUUACAAAGUGGUUACUUUGGAUUUUAUAAAUAAAUAAAUACAUAAAUAAUAAAUAUAUGUAUAGAUUAUGUAGUAAUUUUUUAGUGCAAUAAAUUUAUCCAGUUUGAUAAUAAAUUUUAUUGAACAAAUAAAUAAACGAAUUUGUUGUUUUAUCAAUAAUCUAUUUAAUUAAAUAAAUAGAGCAAUUAAUAAUGGCGUUACACAACGUGCCGCCUAAGAGGAAAGAAAUAUAUAAAUAUGAAGCACCAUGGCCUUUGUACAGCAUGAACUGGUCUGUGAGACCUGACAAGAGAUUCCGGUUAGCACUGGGUAGUUUUGUUGAAGAGUACAACAAUAAAGUUCAAAUAGUGUCUCUUGAUGAAGAAACAUCAGAGUUUACUGCCAAGAGUACUUUUGAUCAUCCGUAUCCUACGACUAAAAUAAUGUGGAUUCCUGAUAGCAAAGGAUUAUUCCCUGACUUACUAGCAACCUCAGGCGACUAUUUGCGUGUCUGGCGAGCAGCUGAACCAGAAACACGACUCGAGUGCGUGCUAAAUAAUAAUAAAAACUCGGAUUUCUGUGCCCCAUUGACGUCAUUCGACUGGAAUGAAGUCGAUCCGAAUUUAAUAGGGACAUCGAGUAUCGACACGACUUGCACGAUCUGGGGUCUGGAAACUGGACAAGUACUGGGUCGAGUCAAUAUGGUAACCGGUCACGUCAAAACCCAGCUGAUUGCUCACGACAAAGAGGUCUACGACAUCGCGUUCAGCCGCGCAGGCGGCGGCCGCGACAUGUUCGCCUCAGUGGGCGCGGACGGCUCCGUCAGAAUGUUCGACCUCCGGCAUCUCGAGCACUCGACAAUUAUCUACGAAGACCCCCAGCAUACACCCUUACUAAGACUCGCCUGGAACAAACAAGACCCCAAUUAUCUGGCCACUGUCGCCAUGGACGCCUGCGAGGUCAUAAUCCUCGACGUCCGGGUUCCUUGUACCCCAGUUGCGCGACUAAAUAACCACAGGGCCAGCGUUAAUGGCAUUGCCUGGGCACCUCACUCGUCUUGUCACAUCUGCACAGCUGGAGAUGAUCACCAGGCUCUGAUCUGGGACAUCCAGCAGAUGCCUCGCGCUAUCGAGGACCCGAUCCUCGCCUACACCGCCGCGGAAGGUGAAGUAAAUCAGAUCCAAUGGGGCGCAACUCAGCCAGAUUGGAUCGCGAUUUGCUACAACAAAGCCGCCGAAAUCUUGCGUGUAUAAUCUUAUCAAGAUUUUAUGUUAUCUCUCAAACUUAUCAUUAGUCAUCAUCACUAGUUAUCAUUUAUCAUUUCAUUUAAUAAUUAUUAGCCUUAAUUUUAUAUUUAUUAGACAUUAAUAAUUACCACCUAAUUAUAAUAAUAAUAAAUAAUUAUAAUUCGACACGGUAAUUU